AUGGCUGCCGCGUCAGAAGGGUUGGAAGAGCCCAAAAAAGCCUCCGCAGAUUCCGAUAACUCGACCGAGCCCGACACACGGGCCGAGGUGGACAAUUCGGAAGAUGCGGAGAACACGGUGCUGCCGGGGAAUCUGGUGGAGUCUGUGUUAUCGGAGGACGAUGCGCCUUCAAAAUCGGACGAGUCCAAGAAAUCGGCCAGGAGGUCUUCCGAGAAGGCGAGGAAGCCCGGGAGGACGAGGAAGCCCGAAAAGCCGAAGAAGGUGGUGGUGAUCAAGCCCAAGAAGCCCAUCAAACCGAAGAAGACCGAGAAGCGUAAGAAGUCCGAGAAGAAGGCCGAGUGCGAGAAGUCGGCCGACGCGGAGAGGCCGAAGAGGUCCGACAAGGCCAAGAAGGCCGAUAAGUCGAGCAAGAAGCCCGCGAAGAAGAAGCGCGAGAAGACACCGGAGCCCGAGCCGGAGCCGAUGAUCAACCCGGCGGAUUACCGCUACCGCACCAAGCCGUCUUUCUACCCGCUGCAAGCGAAGCAAGUGGCGCUCAACGUUCUGGGCGCCCUGAUAACCGAGACCAAGAAGGGAAGCACCACGAGCAUCUACGAGCGUGCCGCGGUGCUCACGGGCGUCAGCAUCCGGGCCCUCUUCAAGUGGGUCGCCGAACACGAGAGGAACGGCCACGUCCUCACGCCGCAGACCAAGCUGCGCGGCGGCAAGGGCAAGAAGCGCAAGAGGAGGAACGCCGACGGCGUCCUCGUCUCACCCGAGGAGUACGAGCGGGCCAAGGCGCUCGCCAUCGUCGCCGAAGGUGGCGACCCGUCCGCGCCACCCAAGAAGAAGCGCUCUCCAAAGAAGAAAGACCCGGAGUCGGCCGACGGCUCGGCGCCGUCCGCCCCCAAGCGCGCCAAGCGCCCACCGGGCACUCCGCGCAAGAACAAGGAGCCGGCGAGGAGCGUGCCGCCGGCGAUGAUGCGGCCGCCGCCGCCGCCGCCGACGGACCCCGUGCGCAUGGCGGCCAACAACGCGAUGGGUGCGUACGGCUUCACGACACCGUGCUUCGACGCCCGGGAGUACGCGGCCAGAAUCGCGCCCAUGAUUCGGCCGCAGCAGCUAGACAGUGUGCGCACCGGCGGCGGCGACAGUGGCAGCUGCAGCUACGUGUCGCCCAGGCCCGCGGGCACCGACGACUUCGGGGCGCGACACUCGCCAGCGGCAAUACGGCCCGACCGGCCCAGCUGCGGUUACGCGUCGCCGCCCGCCGACUUCGCACGGCACUCUCCGGUGAUGCGGCAGCAGCAGCAACAGCCCGACGUGCGCCCACCUCCGAACGAUACGAGUAACGGCAUGGUGAUCGGUCCCGGCCGCGUGGGGUACGCGGCUCGCAACUCGCCCGUCAUGAGGCCUCCCGACAUGAGGGUGGUGAACAGCGCGGAGGCCAACAGCUGCAGUUUCGCGAUGCCGCCGCGCGCCGACGUCAGAGACUACACGGCCAGGAAUGCCCUGGUGAACCGUGCACCCGUGAGGCCGGCCGAUGGCUUCCUGCGUAUUGUGGACGUGCGCCACUACGAUCAAGAGUCGCAGGACAUGCUUCCCCAGGGACCUUACAGCCCAGAUGUCACUCCUUCAGACUUCUUCCUCCUAAAGGGUCAUGAAAGGUUGGCACCACGGCUCGGUCCAGGCCAUUCAAGAGGCCGUAACGAGGGAGCUGCAGAGCAUUCCAGUUUCUGCAUCCCAGGAAGCCUUCAGUGA